AUGAGUGCAGGGUUCUGGCGUGCGGCGGUGGUGGUCGGAGUGGCACUUGCCCUGUGGGCGGCGUUCGAGUGGGGCGUGCCGCGACAGGGCUCGCUCGUGGAGCUGCCGCCCCUGCCCGCCCUCCGCCCGAACCAACGCCUCGCCCAGGCCCAGCACCUCUUCCCCAACGACUGGAUCGGGCCGGAGUCGUUUGCAUUCGACGAGCAAGACCGCAUGUACGCUGGGCUUGCCGAUGGACGAAUCGUGCGGUGGGAUGGGGCGUCCGAGCGCUAUGAGCUGUUCGCCCGCACGGGGGAGGACCUGCCCGAGUGCGGCACCUACGAGGCACGACGCGCCACACCCACCCACCAAUACACACUCGAGGGGCGAAGUGCGGCUGACACUCGGUGGUGUGCGGAGCCCCGGUGCGGCAGGCCGUUGGGCAUGAAGUUCGACGCCCACAAGAGGCUCAUCGUCGCCGACGCCUACCAAGGGCUGCUCUCGUUCUCCCCGGCGGGCGACGAGCGUCGAGUGCUGGUCGCCGGCAGCGAGCUGACCUUCCCGAACGACAUGGCCGUUCUGCCGGGCGAGGAGGGCACCCUGCUGUUCACGGACUCGACGCACAAGCACCGGCGCCGCGACGUCAUGUUGGAGGUGCUGGACAUGGGCGGCAACGGCCGCCUGCUGGCGUACCACCCGGCCAACGGCUCUCUCGAGGUGGUGCUGGCCGACCUCCACUUCCCCAACGGGGUGUGCCUGCACGCCGACGGCGACAGCCUCCUCAUCAACGAGCUCACCCUCUUCAGGGUCAUCCGAUACUACUUCCGAGGCUCCAAGCGAGGGCAGGUGGAGGUGUUUGCAGACAACCUGCCCGGCACGCCCGACAACAUCCGCCGCAUGCACAGCACAGGCCACUACCUGAUCGGCGUGGGCGCCAAGCGGACGCAGCCCUUCGCGCUGCUGAACUCCCUCUCCCCGUACCCACGCUUGCGCGACCUCGUCGCCUUCCUUCUGCCGCGCCGCUGGGCCUCCUGGCUGGACGAGAACGGCAAGGUGCUCGAGGGCUACCACGACCCGGCGGGGAGGACGGCGUGGAUCAGCGAGGCCGAGGAGUGGAAGGGCCACCUCUACAUGGGCUCCUUCACCAACCCGUUCCUCGCACGCAUCAAGAUCGACGACGAGCAGCACUGA